ACUUAGGAUACACACGGGUUUGUUGUCGAGUGUCGGCAGCGGCUAAAACAUCGCUCCUCGCAAUUUGAAAUUAAUAAAGCCAAUUACACCGAUUCGCAAUGCUCAAAUCCGGCGUUCGGCUCGGUCUCUGGACGGCGAAGCGACCGGCCGUAACAAAACUCGAUUUGACCCGGGACCCCGGGUCGGGCCUACGGUGCUACGCGCGGCUCCUGCGGGAAGAGGCGCACGUCGGCGGGCAGUGGGUUCCAUCCGAGGGCGGCGCCUCGUUCGAGGUGGACGACCCGGCCACGGGGCGUCGCGUGGCGCGAGUGGCCGACUGCGGGAUGGUGGAGGCGACGCGGGCCGUGGAGGCGGCUCACACAGCGUUCCACACGUGGAAGAAAACCACGGCCAAGGAGCGAGGGGCUCUGCUCAAGAGAUGGUACGAGGUCAUCCUGCAGAACCGCCAGGAGCUGGCGCAGCUCAUCACAGCUGAGAGCGGCAAGCCGCAGCAGGAGUCUCUGGGGGAGGUGUCGUAUGGCGCGGCAUUCCUCGAGUGGUUCGGCGAGGAGGCGCGACGCGCGUACGGACAGAUCAUCCCCUCGGCUGCGCCCGACCGCCGCAUGUUCUCCAUCUACCAGCCCGUCGGUGUCGCCGCCAUGAUCACUCCAUGGAAUUUUCCUGUGGCGAUGAUCACACGGAAGGUGGGCGCUGCGCUCGCCGCGGGCUGCACGGCCGUGGUGAAGCCGGCGGAGGACACGCCGCUCAGCGCCCUCGCGCUCGCACAGCUCGCCGUGGAGGCCGGGUUACCCCCAGGCGUGCUCAACGUGGUGCCUUGUUCGCGGGGCAACGUGGCGGCCGUGGGCGAGCUCCUGUGCACCCACCCCUUCGUCUCCAAGAUCUCCUUCACGGGCUCCACCGCCACUGGCAAGGUGCUGAUGGCGCAUUCCGUGGGCACGGUGAAACGCGUGUCCAUGGAGCUGGGCGGACACGCACCGUUCAUCGUCUUCGAGAGCGCCGAUCUGGACGCAGCCGUGCGCGGCCUCCUCACCUCCAAGUUCCGCUUCUCUGGACAGACGUGCGUGUGCCCUAACCGCAUGCUGGUGCAGGAGAGCGUGCACGACGCGUUUGUGUCGCGCCUCGCCCAUGCUGUGUCGACGCAGCUCCGCGUGGGGCCCGGCACGGACACGGGGAACACGCUGGGGCCACUCAUCAACGAGCGCGCCCUCCAGAAGGUGGAGCGGCACGUGGUGGAUGCGGUCUCGCAGGGCGCGCGUGUCGUGGUGGGCGGUGCGCGCCACGCGCUCGGAGGGAGCUUCUUCCAGCCCACGGUGCUCGCCGACGUGACUCCCAGCAUGCUGUGCGCUCGCGAGGAGACCUUCGGGCCCCUGGCUCCCGUCAUCAAGUUCAAGACUGAAGAGGAGGCGGUUGCUCUUGCGAAUUCCACAACCAUGGGGCUGGCUGGCUACUUCUUCUCGCGGGACGUGGCGCAGGUGUGGCGCGUGAGCGAGGCGCUCGAGGUUGGCAUGGUGGGCGCCAACGAGGGCCUCCUGUCAGCCGUCGAGGCCCCGUUUGGCGGCAUCAAGCAGUCUGGCCUGGGCCGCGAGGGUGCCCAGCAGGGCAUGCUGGAGUACAUGCACGUCAAGUACGUGUGCCUCGGAGGCCUGGGCGGGGGGCUCUAGAGAGAGAGAGGGAGAGAGGGUCAGGGACGGAGUCGAGGCGAGAGAGUGAGAGGAAGGAGAGGGGACAAGCAGGGGGGGAAGAAAGGGCGCCACGGUGGCGAGUUGUCAACUCCCUCGCCCGGUAUGCAGGAGGACGCGAGUUUGAUCUUGACCCUGAUGAUGCCUGUAUAUUUAUAGUUUGCGGUGUCUCUCCCUCUCCCCGUGGCCGCAUGGAUUUUGCUCUGGGUCUUCCGUUUUUUUCCCCCCUACACAUUUAGAUUUAAUGUGCAUUUAGAGUAUUCGGUUCCUAUAAAUUUCCACGCGAUAAGCCACUUGGUUGAGCGGUCAUUUGUUAGCACGUCGCUUCUGACAAACUGCAGUGCGCCUCACCUGGUGGUUGUGGUUCUAGCCACAACCUCCCCGUUGCUCACAGUAUUGGGAGAAAGAAGGGGUGGAGGAGAAGCAGAGAGAGAAAUAAGUAUAACCCGUAAAAACAAAGUUUUUCACUAUAAAUCCUUUAUAUGCGUGGCAGCUAGAGUCCUCUCGUCCUCUGGCUUGAGAUGGCUGCCACCUAUGGGUCAGAUGAUUGUCUGCCAGUAUUAAGCAAUUGGUAAUUAAAUAUUUAAUUUGUUUUCCCUAAACAGUGUAAAAUUUUUGAAAAAAAAUUUUCACGAACAUUAAUUGUCUCGCACAACGAGUCUGUGUGCAAAAUGUCAGCUCGAUUGGAUCACGGGAAGUGGGUUAAAAAACGACCGAAAGAUUUGCACGGUCGUAAGCAAGCAAGCACGCAAGCAAGCAAGCAAGCGAACUUAAUAUAAAGGAUUUAAAAAGAGAGAUUGAGUCGGUGGAUCAAACUCUACGUAUUUAACAUUGCGCCCUUCUCAAUAAAAUAGUCACGGAUCGAUUCACAUCUAAUUUAACAACAUCACAUCGAUACAAUUUUAGUUAUGCAAAACAAUAAGUAGUACACACAUUAGUUAAAAAUAUUCAAGAGAUUAUGAAUUCGUCUUUAGCCUGAUUUUAAAAACUGCAACGCAUUCCUGAUCCAGAUUCUUGGUGCACUGCACAUGAACAGAAUUCCGACCAGCAUGCUGCAAUAUUGAACACCUUACACGCUGCAUCGUGAACAACCCUACACACACUGCACCUUAAACGCCCGACACGCAGAGGCACGCGACCACAACACUGGACUGGGCAUCCUCAAACUUGGACUACGAACCCAUGAACCUCAAUUAACAACCCAAUAAAAACUCUCUGCCAACCAAAAAACCCAGAACUGUGAACUUAACGAUCCCGGACUAGGAAGUCAAUGAACCCGAACUAGGACCUCGUUGAAUCCGGAUUAACGAACCUGGAUUAUGUACCCACUCCCAAAAGCGAAAGCAGGCCCCGCAAACCAACGAUGAAGGAGUUGCGUUCCACCGAAUAGAUGGGUCUUCAGCAACCUUUUCAAUCUGCAUAAACCACCAGCCUCUCUGUCAAUUGGGAGGCCAUUCCACAACCUGGGAGUCAAACAAUGGAAUGAGCCCUCCUAAAGUAACCCCUAAACCGAGGAACUGCGGAGAGGAUCUGUGUCCCGGAUCUGCGACUUUUGGUCUGAACACAUCGGUCCAAUAGUUCAGAGCUUAACCGGACGUAUCCAUCCCGCACUAAUCGGAGGCGCGCCUGCCAUGGAACAAGGCUCAAAGGCCACUUCACACAAAGUUGACAUAAAACAAAACAUUUGCGCAAACAGACUUAAAAACGUUGAGAAAAUAAACGGACGUACAGAGAGAGAGAGAUGGGAAGUAUAAAUAAAGUACUUGUAAUAAUCGUGCGAUGCCAGGAUUGAAUCGAAAGUAUACGUUGUUAUUAUUAUAUAGAAAUGCGCCUCAAGCCUUCAGUGUCAAAAUAGCCGAUGAGGGCGAAGUACUUGCUGUGACGCGAUUGGGCAGAAGGAGGAUCCCGCGGUCGUAGAGCACCGACACAGAAAGGCCCCACCUCUCCUUUUCAUUUAAUUUUAUAAAAAUCUUAUUCCAAAAUCCGCACAACAUUCAACACGACUUCAUUUGACCGCUUGGUCAAUUCAUCAUUCCGGACUACUAGCGUCGCCUCGUGGCGCGUGGCAGUCGCCCGUUCCAAGCGCAAUCCUGGCUCAGAUCUGACGAGAUCUGGGGAUGGGGUGGUCGAAGGGGGGGGGGGCAGCGCAUUCUGAGUGGUUCAUCGGGGCAUCGGCCGGGCAAGACACGGGUUGAGCGAAGCGGCGUUUUAACGGGCACGCCGCGAUUCUUUACAAAAUGAUUACAAUUGCCGCGCACAGCUGUUAAAUCUGUCGCACUUGUGCCAAUGUGAGUGAUUUACGAUGAUUUUAUGAUUAAUUCUUUUGGAGAAUUCUGCCACUUGAUGAUCUGGCCAAAUUUGUGUCGUCAAGACCCUUCACCAACCGACAUUCUUCAUUGGCGCUCUGCCCUGACAGCAGCUCCUUGACUGGCGUCUUCUCCGUCCUUCUCAGUUCUCUGCCCUCCACUUCAUUUCCACAAAUGGAUCCCUUCCUUCGGCUCGUCCAAAAUCCCCAAACUCUUCGGCAGUGUGCGACACUGGUCAUUCAGAGCAUACAACAAAUAACAACGCAACGCCCGAUCCACAGACACACUCCGCUAACGCCUGACGCGGUUGUCUGGCUUGACCGCCUGAAGGUGGUUUUGUCGUUGUUGCUCUGCAUCUACAUCUGCCAUAUGAACCUCAUGGCGGGACCCCGGGGUCCCAUAAGCCCCCCGGCUCUCGCAUGAACUGCGUUGCGACGUCAUUUUAUGUCUGUUGAAGGAGAAACGACACUGCGAUCUAUUUCUCUCGACGAGCUCUACGCGAUGCGCUAGUCAAUAUUGCAAAGUUUUGUUUCUUCUGCGCAUUCGUCCUCGCUGCUGCGCUUGGACGAUAUGGCAACAGAAUGAUCCGUACCAGGUGGGUCGCGGCGUUUGUGUGUGCGGUGGGACGGAGUCGCCAAAAAUAAACUACGAUUUUGACUUCCGUUUAUUCGGGACCCCGCGAUCCCACCAUAGGAUGCAUAUGAAAGAAGAAGAUAUUUAGCAUUCCACCUUGGAAUUUUACCAUCCAAACCAGGCACAGAUAAACAUUGUCACAUGGUGUACGAGCAUUGUAGCGUGCCAAAUAUCGGAGAAUAAUCUUCACAACCACACGAAGCAAUUGCGACGUGGUUUGGGAUACGGUGUUUCACUUGAAACUUGCUUCAAAACAUCUUCAGGACAUAGCCCACGAAGUUGGGAUGACCCGCUAAAACCCUCGUAUGCGCGAAAAUUGAUAUUUGACUGUGUCGGGUGGUGGAGGGUCUUGACGACACAGGUUUGGCCGGAUCAUAACGAGGUGCCCUAACACAAAAAAUAACUGUGAAUCGUUUAACAUUGCUUUCGUAAACCAAUUGAUGAUAUGUUUUAAGUGAUGAAUGAAUUGGUGUAAUUGUAUAUUUUUUUUACCUGCAUGGCUUUGUGAAUGUGUGCUGUACUCGGUGUCAGAUGAACCCCUCCCAACCAGGGCUGGAUUUAGGAUUUAGUUUUGGGGGGUCCAGGUGGAGAGGGAAAUGGGGGGGCCAACACAGGAUAUUUGUCCAGACACCAAAAACUUAAACCGUUUUAAGUGUGUUUUUUUUGGAUAAAGUAAGGACUGUAUUUGUAUUAUUUAAAUUUUCACUACUUUUUUUUAUUGUUCGUUAACUGCCGACCUCUGCUUUCGUUCCGCUAACCCAUAACCCUCGUCAGCGACGAGUAAUGAGUUUGUGUACCGUAUUGCCUUUUUGCGUUGAACAGAGUCCCCCCCCCCCCUUCACCCGUGGUUUAUGACGGAGUUCCCUUGCCAAUGGCAUCUGGUGGCAGCCAGAGGUCGCAAACGGGUUUUGACUCCUUACCCGUACCCGGCCGCACCAGGGUCGCAAACGGGUACCCGUACCCGGCCGGGUACAGGUAGCCGGGUAUCGGGUAGGGUAUGGGUAUCGGGUACCCGAUUGCGACCUCUGGCGGCAAGCCCAGCAGCAUUUGUUUAAACAAGCCUGCCUGCCUGCCUGUCUGCCUGCCUGCCUGUCUGCCUACUGAUGAAUCCAAGAAGGACUAAUCCGGUGCAGGUGUUUUGCUUUGCUUAAUCAAACGCUUCUUUAGAUGAUGCUGGUCUGAAGAGCCAGUAGGCCGGCCCAUGAAUGAAAAACGCACGUGUUCAUUCGUGUGUGCAGACAGAACUGAGUAGUGCUUUAAAGAAGGCCCAUUGCCCGAAACGUCUCCUAUGUAUAUAUUUUCUUCUUUCAAGAUAAUGCAGUGUCGAUGGCAAGUUGGCCUGAGUUUUGUUAACGGUGCUUGUGCACCACUGCCAACGCAGCAUCAGCACCACCAGACCGUGCUCUCGCUCACUCACACUGCUGUACGGCAACACGUACCGAGUUCGUGCAAGGUGUCUUAUCCGUUUGUUUUAAUUGCAUUCUCCAAUCUGCCCAUGUGCUGCCCCCUCCCACCGGUUCUAAAUCAGUUUAAGCGAGGCGGCGAUGGCUACGAUCAGCACAGUUGGCGGUCUACGUAUGGUGCGACAAAAAAUCAACAUGCGUACACACGAGGUUGCCUGCAAUCCUUGCAUGUACGCGUGUUGAACUUCUUUUGCUCCGUACGUAGUCAACCCGGAGCCUAAUCGGACGACUAUGGGCCGCGCGUGUUCUUACUGUGCACGUGCGCUGGUUAGCGCACCACGUGACGAACACGGGGGGGGGGGGGACCCGAGUUCGAUUCUCGCUUGCAGCCAACAUCGGUCCCGAAUAUCUGAACCGGUGUUGGGCCUCUCCUAGGUCGACUCGGGCGUAAAUGAUUAGCUGGUGCGGCGUGUGCAACAUCAGCACUGCCGCGGUGUUGGCCACCUACCCCCUCGUGUGUUGUCCUGGACUUUCUAGGUGCUCGCCAAUUCUUUGGUUCUGUCGGUAAAGUCACGGACUGUUGGGGCACUUUCCCCAACAAUCUGUUAAAGGGGACAUCCAUAAAAGACGUCACGCACCUG